UCAUGUACUCCUAUGCUCCUUUAGGUGUUUCAUAUGCUUCUCCAUUAGCUACAUCUAUUGCCAGACCGGUUCCAGGUAAAGAUAAUCAAACUAAUAAUUAGUUGGUUAUGCAGCUCCAGUCUCAUAUGUUUAACCAGUUUAAUAUGCAGCUCCUGUUAGUUAUGCCUCUCCAGCUUAUUCUCCAAUUAGAGGUGGAUCUAGAGUUGAAUAUGUUCCAUAUCAAAAGCCUGUAGUAGAAAUGGAAGAGGAAGUAAGAACUGUUUAAGUAAAUAAUAUUUUAACACGUAGGUUCCAAGAUAAAAAUGGGUUACUGAUUAUUAUCCAGUGGAAUAUUAAAAGGAAUAUAUUCCUUAAGUUUCAUAUGAAAAAUAAAUUGAUUAUGUACCAGUUGAAAAGAAUGUGCCAAGAGUAGAUUAUUUGGAAUAUGAAAGAGAGGUUUCAAUUUUAAUUUAUUGUUUAUAGGUUAGAAGAGCUCCUCCUGCUUAAGUUUCAUAUGCAUCACCACUUUCUUACAGUUAUGCUGCACCUGUAGCUCCAGUAGUAUCAGUAGCACCAGUGGCUCCAUUAAGAACUAGUUAUGUUGCUCCAACUUAUGGAUAUGCCCCAAGUUAUAGUUAUGUUGCACCAACAUUUGGUUAUGGAUCAGUUUAUAGAUAUUGA